AUGUUAAGUACACUAUUAGUUUGCAAAGUUUUCCUAUUUUUUGUGCAACUUGCUCACCAACAAGCAGUCUUAGCGCAGGAAGCACCUCUCAUAGAAACUUCACUUGGCAGGAUUCGCGGCAGUGUACUGACUUCGCGUAAAGGACGUGAUAUCUAUGCCUACCGCGGUAUAUAUUAUGCCGAAGCACCGACCGGAUCACGGCGAUUUGCGGCACCCGAGCCAGUCCAAGCAUGGAACGAUACGUUAAAUGCCUUAGCGGAUGGUCCGAUGUGCCCACAGGAGCUUACAGGCGCUUUAAUGGACGAAGACUGUUUGUCGCUGAACGUUUAUACCACAAAUGAGACGGCAUCAAAUCCAGUGGUUGUUUACAUACACGGUGGUUCCAAUAAAGCUGGUAGCGCAAAUAGUGAAAUCGACGCUGGACCGCAGUAUUUGCUCGAUGAGAAUGUAGUGCUAGUGGGUAUUUUCUUUCGUGUCGGCGCUUUCGGUUUCCUAAGUACAGGCACCGAAGAAGCGCCCGGGAAUUACGGUCAUUUGGAUCAAGUGUUGGCCCUCAAGUGGGUGAAAGAACAUAUUUAUAACUUUGGUGGAGACCCCAAUAGGGUCACACUCCUCGGACAGAGUGCUGGGAGUUUUGCAGUAACUUUGCAUUUGGUAUCGCCAUUGUCAGCGGGUCUCUUUCACGGUGCCAUAGCACUGAGCGGUAGUACGACACAUCAAUACCUUUUAGACAAUAAAUAUUGGAGCCGAAGGCUCGCAUAUGAUCUCGGCUGUCCCAUGUACGAGGCUAAAUAUUUAGUAAAUUGCUUAAGGCAGAUCAGUUGGGAAGAGAUAACUAACGCGUCGGUGAGAUGGGAUACCUAUGGAAUUCUAGGUUCAAAUUGGAAUUAUGAAAUUGACGGCAAUUUUGUAUUGGAGGAUCCUAGCGAGGCAAUAGGUGGAAACCGGAUUAAUCGUGUGCCAAUCAUCACUGGCGUCACCCAAGAUGAACUCGAUUUCGACUCACAGUUUAUACAAAACAACACCGAUCUGAUUGCUGACAUCGACAUGAACUUUGGUCUUUAUGCAAAGGAGUUCUUUGAAUUCAAUAGCACCGGCAACGAUGAUGAGCGAGCGAAGAGCAUACGUCAGUUUUAUUACAAUGAAUCCAGCAUAAACCAAUAUAAUCUCCUCGGUAUCGGUCAAAUCCUAUCGGAUGCUCUUAUCGGACAUGGCGUGUAUAGAUUGGUACAGUUGGCAAAAGAUCACACGAAUGUCUAUUAUUACCGUUUUGACUACGUUGGUGAAAAGUCUUGGUUUCCGGAUAGUGCUGGAAUGUCACAAGGCGCCUGCCAUGGGGAUGAUCUUAAUUAUAUUUUGAAACGCAGAUACCUAGAAAUUAACGACAAUUCCACAGAUAUGUUGAUGGUUGAACGCAUGACUAAUUUGGUUGCCUCAUUCGCCGCAAAUGGCUCACCACCAGUUAUAGAGAACGUUACUUGGUCGCCAUAUACUGCCAAUAAUACCGUUGUUAUGUACAUCAACUCGAAUUCAUCUAUGGGCAAUCCCUUCUAUGUGGACCGCUAUGCUUUGUGGGAUAAAUUGUUUCCGCUUGCGGAAAGUAGCGCUGGGUUACAGCUUCCUGCUGUAGUGCUGCUGGCAUUUGCAGCUGCAUGGAAUAUUUUAUUUUGAACUAUUUUAAGCAACGCGUUUUACGUAUAAAUUUGGUGAAAACUUUGAA